ACUGGACCUUCACGCGACGCGUCUGCACCUUGUUCCCGACCGUCACGUCCCGGCGGCCCAUCUCGCACGAUGGACGACCACUUCCUCGUUUCCGCUUCCUUCUCUUCUCUUUUCUCCCUCGAAGGGGAUGUCAUCGAGGUCCCUACCGUUCGGCCAGCGGACAUCAACAAUGAACCCAGGAGGAAUAACGACCUGCCGAACGAACACGCGUCUUUAUCGCUCGUAAACGAUAAGAGGGUAGCGGGGCCAGUCGUGCUACGCGUGCUGAAUGGCGGAGAACUCAUCGAGCUCGCGACACUCAAGCACAACCUUGUUCCCCUCCGAUUCCACUUCCCCAGCCCGGUCCUACCUUCCCCAACCUUCUUCUACCCUAGUGUGGACGAGCUGCACAUUCUCGCUGUGACGACAAUAGGGUCACUGUACCGGAUUGUAAUCACGGUGUAUCAGGAUGUGCACUCGGGCGAAUUCCAGUGGGGAGAACUCAAGACGAUCAACGAGUAUCCGAUCGGGCAUGGCAGCGGCAAGCUCUCGGGUGUCGCGCACGCGAGGGAUCCUUCGUGUGUGGUAGUCGGGCUGGACAAUGGCUCUUUAUUGAGACUGGACUCUAUGUCAAUGUAUGCGGUCGGAGAUGAGCAAUGGACCGAGUCUGUUUCCAGUGACUCCGGGUUGCGCGCGAAACUAUCCUCCCUCGUCUACUCGAGCCACGCUGAAGGGGACAAGAUCAUUUCCAUUGCCACAAUGCCGGCCUGGCAGUCGGAGGAUGGUCUAUGGGACUCAACUUCUGAUAUCCUACCUAUAUGGACUCUUUCUCGCGACCGCACCCUCCGUAUGUGGAAGCCCCACGCUGGCGUGUCAUCCAUCAAGGUUGACGCCUCAUCCACCCCCAGCCGCGAAGUCACUCCCGUCCCCGGCGUCGCACAAAGUCAAACCCAUCAAGUCCUCCUGGACGCCGAACCGCAGACCCUGGUCCGUGUCUUCAAACCCGUUGAACACAAAGACAACAUCUGCGUCAUCGUCUUCAUCCCCUCGCCCGCGUCGCCAACCUCUGGUGGCUGCUUCCACGUCUACGAGAUGCGCAAGACGAGCUUCGUGCUCUGUGGCACUAUCCCCUGCACCGUACAGACCGUCGGGUACCACCUGCAGGACUUCUCGGUCGCGCGGGACAAGCUAUAUGCGCUUUGGGACGAUCACGGCCGGUCUAUCGUGCAGCAGAUGCACAUCAAUUUUGAGGAGGCCCCAAAUCUAUCUACGACGUGGCGCACAUUCACGUACGCGUCGCAAAGGGAGCUAACCCCCGCAUACCUUGACGAGCUCCUAAUGGGGCGCCCGGCCGUCGCGGACACGUUUUUGGAAGCGCUGCUGAGCCCGGGCGUCUUCUCGUCGCUCACGCUCAAGUUGGCGAUUGAGCAGUAUGCGGCGGACUGCCGCUCUCUGCCCGGCCCAAUGCCACAGCAGCUGCGGGAAUCCUACGCCAACGUCGCCGAGAAUAUCGCGGCUGUUGUGGGGUGCACUGUCACACUCAAUCGUGACCCGCAAACGGGCCUGCCGAUGUACGACAACUACAAUGUUGCGCUGAAGCGCGACUGGGAGGGCUUCAUUGCGCGCUGCCGGGAGAUCGAGCGCAGUGCGCGGUGGCCGAGCUGCCUCGGUCGCUCUGGUGACGAUAUCCUCGUCGUGGAGCGGGAGCGUGCCGGCGUCGCUGUGAGACCUGACGAGGCCAUCACUGUACGCGAGGCUGUCGAGCACGGCGGCGUGUCGCAGACCUACUCCAUCCUCUCUGUCUUCUGGCAGCUCAAGUCGCGAUUGAGCCCCGCGUCGCUGGUCGCCAUCGAGAAUAACGUGCUUCGCGUACUCCAGUCCGACAAGAACUUCCACUUGUCGGGCAUGGUCGAGAACCAAGCCGACGUCGAGCAGAUCAUCAGCGACGACGUCCAGGACGAGGGACUCAACGCCUGGAUGGAAGGCCAGCUCUUGAAAGUCGGCGACCUCAGCCACGCCCUCGCCGCCGCCGUCGAGCUCCUCGUCGGCGGCACCGUCAAAGGCGAGGACUACGAGGACGACACGAUCCCCGCCCCUCUCCCCGAAUGGCAGCGCGAGCUCAUCGCCGCGUUCACCGCCGCCUCCAUCGAAGCCCGCUACUCGCUCUGCCUCGCGAUCUUCAUCUACGUCUACUUCUGCGCGGAGCAGAAGCUGCUCAGCACGUGGGAGGAGCCCAUCAUUGAGGAGCUCUUCGGCGUGUUUCGCGGGCUCGUCGUGCUGCGCUUCCUCUCACGGCAGCCCGCGAAACCGACGCCGCCCGCGGUGGGCCCGGCAUACCGCGCCCCGCGCCCGCAGCCCGAGUUUGCGCUGCUGCACAGGCUGGUGGCAGAGUCGGUGAGGGCGGCGGGGGAUGUGGAGCUGUUGGAUAUGGUGCGCGCGUUCAUCGACACGACGGGCUUGUUGCGUUCGGCGUCGCCAGCGGAUGUGAGCUCGCAUGAGAUCGACCUUUGCUUCAGGCUGAGGCGGCUGGGCGCGACGUCGGUGGCUCAUGAGGUGACGCUGUACUUCCCAUUGACGCAUGCGAUGGCGUACAUUCGCGCGAGGCUAUAUCUUGACUGCCACCGUCCGGACGACGCUGCGGACAUGCUGAUGAAAGUGGCGGGAUGCUUGGGUCCCGACAGCGGCUCGUCCCCAUCAGAACGGGAGGGCCUGGCGAAACUCCUACCGGAUGGACCCUUGACCUCUGAAUAUGCCUUCGCCGUACACUGUUCGCAGCUCUUCAAGGCGUCGAACUAUGUCUUCCACCAGGUCCGCUUCGCGCAGCAAGCGCUAUCGCUUGCGACCGACGAGGACGAGAUGCUUAUACUCUGGGAGGCCAUCAUCAAGGGCAACACGGCGCUGGGGUACUACGAGGAGGCGGUCGCCGCCUUGAUCGCUGCCCCGGACAAGCUAUCAAAGCAAGAACUCGUCACGGGCUUAGUAUAUCACAUUUGCGAGUCUGGCGCCAUCCCGAAGCUCGUGUCUCUCGACUUGUCGCCCUUCCAGGCGGACGUGGAGGAGGCGCUGUCGUUCAAAGCGCGGAACGUCGACCCUCGCGUGCGUCCGCACUAUUCAAAGGUGUUGUACACCUGGUUCAUGUCGAGAGGGAAUUACGGAGAAGCUGCAUUGACUAUGUAUCAGCGCGCGCGCAAGCUCGCUGCGGUCAUUGUCGACCCGGUUUCCUUCGCGAACCACGUCGUGGAGCAGCUGGACGCGUACUUGGUUGCAAUCAACGCGCUUUCGCUAUCCGACCAGCAAGAGCCUUUCAUCGCAUGCCCUACCGUUGAUCACCCUCGCAAAAAGCGGCGAACGUCGAAGUACAUUCCUGAGGAACGCUUCAAAACGGACAAGUUGGCCACCAACUAUGGCGUGGAUGUCAUCCGCUUGAGCGACCUCGAGUAUGAGUACGCCCUCCUCAACGCCCAGGCAGAUCUCAUCCGCCGAGAUCCUGCGAUCCUCCAAACGCAAGAAUUCCUCCUGCCGCCAGAAUCCAUCGUCCUCCGUCUCUCCUCCUCCAACCGCUUCGACGCCGCCCUCACCACCGCGCGCAGCCUCCAAGUAGACAUGACCGACACCUUCUCCCGCCUCACGACGCAGUGCCUCCGCCUCGCCCGCGGUAGCGUCGACGUCAUGCUCUCCGACGCCGACUGGCUCCUCACUGAUGCCGUCGCGUCUUGGGCGGGCACCCCCGCGGAGAAGGGCUGGCGCUUCCUGAGGGAUGCGCUAGCGCGGUACGAUGGGCGGGCAACGGACUGGCGGUAUACCAAGGCGGUGUAUGAGAGUAUUAUGUCGGUUGGAGCGCAGCCGCCGCCGUGGCUGGUACAGGUGCUGGAGGACAAUCAGCAUGAAUAUCUGGUGAGGGCGAGCUUGAAGUUCGACAAACUGCCGGACGCGGUCAGGCAUGCGGUCGCACUUGUGAAGAAGGUCUCGGACACCCUCACCCGCGGGGAGCCCCCACGACACGCCUCCGCCGCUUGGCUCCCAUACGCGCUGAUCGACCAGGUGCUUGUUGCGGCCGAGUCGUUCGAUGCGCCCGUGAUCGCACAAGUGGGAGAACUGAGAGGCGCAGUUGCAGGGCACGCAGAAAGGAUGGAGAAAGUUGGAAAGAGGAUGGUAGUGGUGUAGGCCAGCCAUGACGCCCGAACAUACUUGUGACUACUUUGCACCUUCACUGGAUGUUUUCAUCGCAAAGUCUUGUCAUGAUUACUCGUCUGCUUCUUAAACUGUAUGACUCCAGGUAAUCCUGUGCAGAAAGAAACUCUCGUCUUUGCGGAGUGCCAC